GCAGAAGCUUCCCGAAGCAGCCAACACACCAGCAGAGCAGGACUCCUUAGUAUGUCUAUGAAAGGUAUCAACACCAGUGUUUCAUGUUGAAAGACGGGUCUUUUUCCUGAGUGUACCAGAGUGUCCGGUCAAAUUGGAGCGAGCUAAAUGAGAAAUGGAGCCCUUUUCUGACCACAUUUUGGAAUUUCACCACAUCCAUGGCACUAAUGUCAGCCUGGAACAGUCAGGGACCCAGGCCACACGGGUGAAGAGCUUUGCCAAUGGAAUUUGUUUCAGUAAACAACCGCUGAAGCCUGGAGAGAUUUUUCUCAUAGAGAUUGAGGAGAAGGAGAUAGGAUGGUGUGGCAACCUCCGGGUGGGCCUGACAGCCAGGGAUCCCAAGAGCUUGGAGGCGGUACCUGAGUACUCCAUCCCAGACUUGACAAAUUUGGGAGACAGUUGGGUGUUUGCCAUCACUCGCAACCACAAUAAGGUCCUAGAGGAGCCCGAGGCCCCAGAAGCUGAAGAAGGCGGACUUGCUGGGGGGCAGAGGCUCGGGCGAGGAGAGGCAGAAAACGGAGCAGGAGGUCAGGGAGAUGAAGGUGGAGGCAGCAACACGAAACCAAAGAAUUUCUUUACUGACACUCACUUGUAUAUUGAUAAUGUUCGAAUACCCAGAGACAAGCUGGUCGGUCGGAGCCGACCGGGACGCUACAGCCACAUCUUGGAUGACCUGUAUAAGACCAACGCUCUGCCUCCCACUGCCAGGCGCAGCAGAAUAGGAGUUCUGUUUGUGCCUAAGGCCCAGGACCUAGCUGAUAUGCACAUUGUAAUCAAUGGAGAGGACAUGGGAGCUUCUGCCAAGGGAAUACCCGCUGUGUUGCCUCUCUAUGCGGUGGUGGAUGUCUUUGCUGCUACAAAGUGUGUCCGCAUUGUCCAGGUGGAGUAUGGCUUUUCAUCCUUGCAGACACUAUGCAGGAAGGCCAUCCAGAAGCACAUCGUCCACAGGAUGGCCAUCGACUGGCUGGAGCUCCCCGAGGCACUUAAGCACUACUGCAAAUAUGAAUGAUGGACACAGACCUGCAGUGGAAAGGCAACACUUUUUAUGAACUCCAUCUCAGUGUUCACACAAAAAAUGGCUUCAUAUCCCUCUUAUUUUAUUCAUUUCUAAAAUAACGUAGAAUGUAAUAGCACCUGGACAAAGCUAAUAUAAAUUGUCUGUGAUGGCAUCUGCGACUAUACUUUAGGCUUCUGUGUUUGGUACAUUUCUUCCUUGUUUUCAUCUUUAUGUAUCGAAAUAAUUCCACUUAUCAUAUUUGACAUCACAUUAACCAGCCCAUCAGUAAAUCCUUGCAUGCAGAAAUGGCAAUCUUUUUAUCUGAUCAUAGUGAUUAAUUUCAUUGGAAGACAGCACCUUCAACAGAUGACACUGACCUACAGACGGCUGCUAAUCUUUGACAAAUACAUUAAAGACAAACCUUGAAUCUUAACCCUGAUUCUUUGCUUUUGACAAAUACCUUACUGUAGUCUCUGCUGUAGCAGCUUAGAAUCCUCAGUUGUAAGACUGCAAUGUGAUUUGGCCACAACAAGCAGAGCUGUCAGUAUUGUUUGUUCAAUUGUUUAUUUUUCUAUUUAUUUAUCUCUUUGAGAUCACAACUUUUCUAGUUGAGCAAGUCUCAGAAGGCUAAAAUUAGACAGAUCGCAGUUAGAGUUUGAGACCAAUGUCAAAGCAACAACA